UGAGGUGGGGCCGGGGAGGGGCGGGAAGGUGGCGGCCGGAGCAUGGCGGACCAGAUCCCUCUGUACCCGGUGCGCAGCGCGGCGGCCGCGGCCCACCGCAAACGCGCGGCUUACUACAGCGCGGCGGGGCCCGGGUCGGGGGCCGAGUGGCCCAGCAGCAGGUACCAGCUGGAAGAUGAGUCCGCCCACCUGGACGAAAUGCCACUAAUGAUGUCUGAAGAAGGCUUCGAGAAUGACGAGAGCGAUUACCACACGCUACCACGAGCGAGGACCGCGCGACGAAGGAGAGGGCUGGAGCGGUUUGUCUGUGGAGGCUGGAAGCUCCUCUGUACCAGUUGCUGUGAUUGGCUGGUAAAUAUUUGUCAAAGAAAGAGAGAACUAAAAGCUCGCACAGUGUGGCUCGGAUGUCCUGAAAAGUGUGAAGAGAAACAUCCCCGAAACUCUAUCAAAAACCAGAAAUACAAUAUAUUUACCUUUAUACCCGGGGUUUUGUAUGAACAAUUCAAGUUUUUCUUGAAUCUCUAUUUUCUGGUAGUAUCCUGCUCGCAGUUUGUACCAGCAUUGAAAAUAGGCUAUCUCUACACCUACUGGGCUCCUCUGGGAUUCGUUUUGGCUGUUACCAUCAUGAGGGAAGCAAUUGAUGAAUUUCGGCGUUUUCAGCGAGACAAGGAAGUAAAUUCACAGCUCUACAGCAAGCUCACAGUAAGAGAAUCAAAGAAUUCCAUCGGACAUGGUAUUUCUGAGGACGUCAGAAAAAGCAGUGGUCUCUUUUAUUGCGGUCCUUUGGCCCCCCGAGGUUCAGGAGGAUCCCAGUCAUGGCAGAAAAGACCGUUACAUUCCGCGAGUUCGUGUUUUAUUCGCACUGACCAGCUCGAUGGUGAAACUGACUGGAAGCUGAAGGUGGCGGUGAGCUGCACGCAGAGGCUGCCAGCCUUGGGGGACCUUUUUUCAAUCAGUGCUUAUGUUUAUGCUCAGAAGCCACAACUGGAUAUUCACAGUUUUGAAGGCACCUUUACCAGGGAAGACAGUGACCCGCCCAUUCACGAAAGUCUCAGCAUAGAAAAUACACUGUGGGCGAACACCAUUGUGGCGUCAGGUACUGUAAUAGGUGUUGUCAUUUAUACGGGAAAAGAGACUCGAAGUGUAAUGAACACAUCCAAUCCAAAAAAUAAGGUUGGUUUGUUGGACCUUGAACUCAACCAGCUGACCAAAGCGCUGUUUGUGGCUUUAGUUGCCCUGUCGGUUGUUAUGGUAACCUUACAAGGAUUUGUUGGCCCGUGGUACCGCAGCCUGUUUCGGUUCCUCCUCCUCUUUUCCUACAUCAUUCCCAUAAGUCUGCGCGUGAACUUGGACAUGGGCAAGGCCGCGUACGGGUGGAUGAUCAUGAAGGACGAGAGCAUCCCCGGCACAGUCGUGCGCACCAGCACCAUCCCGGAAGAGCUGGGACGCCUGGUGUACCUGCUGACCGACAAAACAGGAACCCUCACCCAGAACGAGAUGGUGUUUAAGCGGCUGCACCUGGGGACUGUGUCUUAUGGAGCAGACACGAUGGACGAGAUCCAGGGCCACCUCAGGAAUCCGUGCCCGCAGAUGCAGUCCCAGGCUGGCGGAAACAAUGCCAGUUCAACGCCCCCGAGAAAAGCCCAGUCUUCAGCUCCCAAAGUCAGAAAAAGUGUCAGCAGCCGAGUGCACGAAGCGGUGAAGGCCAUCGCGCUGUGCCACAACGUGAGCCCCGUGUACGAGUCCCGAGCCGGUGUGGGCGGGGAGGCCGAGUACGCCGAGGCAGAUCAGGACUUCAGCGACGGGAACCGGACCUACCAGGCCGCCAGCCCGGACGAGGUGGCCCUGGUGCAGUGGACGGAGAGCGUCGGCCUCACGCUGGUCAGCAGAGACCUGGGCUCCGUGCAGCUGAGGACCCCCAGCGGCCAGAUCCAGACCUACUGCAUUCUGCAGAUGUUCCCCUUCACGUCGGAGAGCAAGCGCAUGGGGGUCAUCGUCCGGGACGAGUCCACUGCGGAGAUCACCUUCUACAUGAAAGGGGCCGACGUGGCCAUGUCCUCCAUCGUGCAGUACAACGACUGGCUGGAGGAAGAGUGCGGAAACAUGGCCCGGGAAGGCCUGCGCACCCUCGUGGUUGCCAAGAGGGCGCUGACGGAGGAGCAGUACCAGGACUUCGAGAGCCGCUACAGUCAGGCCAAGCUGAGCAUCCACGACAGGGCACUCAAGGUGGCGGCCGUGGUGGAGAGCCUGGAGCGCCAGAUGGAGCUGUUGUGCCUCACGGGUGUGGAGGACCGGCUGCAGGCGGACGUGAGGCCCACCCUGGAGCUGCUGCGCAACGCGGGCAUCAAGAUAUGGAUGCUGACAGGCGACAAGCUCGAGACCGCCACCUGCAUUGCCAAGAGCUCGCAUUUGGUGUCCAGAACCCAAGACAUUCACAUUUUCAGACCAGUGACCAAUCGGGGAGAGGCCCACUUGGAGCUUAACGCCUUCCGGAGGAAGCACGACUGUGCUCUGGUCAUAUCUGGGGACUCCCUGGAGGUGUGCCUGAAGUACUACGAGCACGAGCUGGCGGAGCUGGCCUGCCAGUGUCCCGCCGUGGUGUGCUGCCGCUGCUCGCCCACCCAGAAGGCCCGCAUCGCGAAGCUGCUGCAGCACCACACGGGGAAGCGCACGUGUGCCGUCGGUGACGGGGGAAACGACGUGAGCAUGAUCCAGGCGGCCGACUGCGGGAUCGGGAUCGAAGGGAAGGAGGGCAGGCAGGCCUCCCUGGCAGCGGACUUCUCCGUCACACAGUUCCGCCACAUCGGCCGGCUGCUGAUGGUCCACGGGCGGAGCAGCUACAAGCGGUCGGCGGCACUGGGCCAGUUCGUCAUGCACCGGGGCCUCAUCAUCUCCACCAUGCAGGCCGUGUUCUCCUCUGUCUUCUACUUCGCGUCCGUUCCUCUGUACCAAGGAUUCCUCAUGGUGGGGUAUGCGACCAUAUACACCAUGUUCCCGGUGUUCUCGCUGGUGCUGGACCAAGACGUGAAGCCGGAGACGGCGAUGCUGUACCCGGAGCUGUACAAGGACCUCACCAAGGGGAGAUCCUUGUCUUUUAAGACCUUCCUCGUCUGGGUUUUGAUCAGCAUUUACCAAGGUGGCAUCCUCAUGUACGGGGCCCUGCUCCUGUUCGAGUCCGAGUUUGUGCACGUGCUGGCCAUCUCCUUCACGGCGCUCAUCCUCACGGAGCUCCUGAUGGUGGCCCUGACCAUCAGGACGUGGCACUGGCUGAUGGCGGUGGCCGAGGUCCUCAGCCUGGGCUGCUAUGUGGCCUCGCUGGCUUUUCUGAAUGAGUAUUUUGAUGUUGCCUUCAUCACGACCGUGACCUUCGUGUGGAAAGUGUCGGCCAUCACCAUGGUCAGCUGUCUGCCGCUGUACGUCCUCAAGUACUUGAAGCGGAAGCUGUCUCCCCCCAGCUACACCAAGCUCACGUCCUAGGCCGGCCACAGCGGCAGUGCGGGGGCCGUGCGGGGCUGCGGGGAGGUUGGGAAGGGACAAGCCCGAGGGCCCGGGGCCCCCGCCGCCUGGACGCUUCCGGCCCGCGUGGCGAGUCGCGCUCACCGUUGCUCACGACUGCGUUUCCGUGUCAAACCACUCGCGUUUCUUUCGAAAAGAAGCCCUACUUCUCCCACUGUUACUGUGAAGCAUUCAUCUGACUCUCGUGUUCUGAGAAUUAAAGUGAAAGUUUAUUUAGCAUUUGGCCAUUUCCUAACAUUCAGAUUCUUUCUCCGAUGUCACGGUAGAGAAAGCCCCUUCACUUAACCAGAAUAAAGUCUAGACGCCAAA